AUGGCAGACGAAGACAAGGAAAAGGCAGAGAAGGUCGCUGCAGCCAAGAAACGCUAUGAGCAAUUGAAGAAGCAGAAAGCGAAGAAAGGCGGGGGCGGGAAAAAGAAGGAAGAAAAGGCAGAUGUGCCGCCAGAGGCUGAGGCAUCGGGCACAACAGCGGACACUGAGGCACCAACUCCAGCUGCUGAUGGUGAGACGAAGCCAGAAGAAGGCGCACCAGAGGCUAGAGAAGUCACGACUGAGCCAGCCGAGCCUACAGAAGAUGGCGAUGCACCUUCAGAGCUACCUGUGCCCAAGAUAACGCAUGGUCGCAAGCCUUCGGUCGCAAUCGAGUCGCGUCAACGAUCAGAGUCGUUCUAUCGCUCUGGCGCGCCUGUGUCGCCUCUGUCACCCGGCGGUGGGGGCGUCACGAGUGAGGUGUAUAGGGAGCAAGCGCAAAAGAUCGAAGAGCUAGAAAAAGAAAACAAGCGUUUGGCUAGCGAGGUUGAGGAGAAUAAGAACAGGUGGAAGAAGGGCGAGGAGGAACUGGAGGAGCUGAGAGAAAGCAAGGGCGAUAUCGCUGUUGCUGUGGAAAAGGCAAAGGAAGCGGACAAGCUGAAGACGGAGGUCGAAUCACUCAAGCGACAACUUUCGCAGCUCCAGACGCAAAAUUCAAAGUCCAUUCGCCGAACGUCGACGGCGUCCCCGAGCCAGACAGCAUCCAUCGAUGAUCUCAAUGCACAGGUCGCAUCCAAGUCUGCAACAAUCGAAUCUCUAGAGCUGGAAAUCUCAAAUGUGAAUCGACAACUCUCGGACCAGGUCAAGGAAAACAACGAGCUCCAAACAAAAGUCUCGAAUCUCGAAUCUGCCUUGCAAAAGGCCGAACAAGACGCCAGCUCUACCAAAACAGAGCUGGCCGAUCUCAAGGCCAACCUCGAAAAGGCGGGUGAACAAGCACAAAAGGAGGGAUCAGACCGAGACUCUGCGCAGACACGCGUGGCACAACUGGAAGCCGAGCUCGGUGCUGCCAACCGCAAAGCCUCAGACUCAAUCUCCCGUGCCGAACUGUUAGAGAAGAAGAUCGAGACCCUGACCCAACUCCAUCGUGACAAUGAUGCAAGGAACCAAACUCGUGCACAAGAGCACAAGAAGAUUGAACGCGAAGCCACUGAAUUGCGAACGCGCAUCGCAGGUCUCAGCAACGAAAAUGCUCGUCUCCGUGAAGCAGAACAGCGGCGUCGCAAAGCCGAUCUUGGCUCUAUAGAAGAUACAAGCGUACAAGAACUUCUCGACGAAGAGCGUGACCGGCUGCUCGCCCAAGUCCGUUCUCUCGAGGAAGAGAAUUUCGAACUCAAGCGCGGAGUGUGGCGCGACCGGAGACGCGAUAUGCAGCCCAACAUUGAAGACCAAGAGGGUUCCCUGGACCCCUACACCACAGGCCGACACAACAGUUCAGGAUUCGACGACGUGGAUCUCAGCGGCCAUGCCCCCUCUCGCGGCCAAGGGUCCAACCGCACUCAUUCCUCCUUCCAAGACGUCAUUCAAUCCGGCAUCUCUGCCUUUACCGGAAACCAAAACCCAGCGCAUAGACGCAGCGAUGCGGCAAGCAAGAGCCGGCCACGAACAGAGAGUCUGGCGAGCUUGGACGAGUUUGAAAUCGACGAGGAGGCGUUUCGGUUGGCGCAGGAGGAGGAGGCGAAGAGGCGGUUGGAGCGGGUCAAGGAGGUCAAGAGGGGUUUGAACAAUUAUAAGGGGUGGAGGGUGGAUAUUGUGGAUGUUAGGGUGGGUAUGGGCGGUGUCUUUGAGGUUUGA